AUGAGCUCGUACGACUCCAGUCUUGGCCGCCGAAAACGAGGCUCCCAGUCUCCUCUCAAAAAAAGUACACUGAACACAGGUACAACAAAGGCCACGAGUCCAUACGAUGCCAAUUUCCAGCAACAUUUAAUCAACUACAACAUCUACCCCCCUCUGUAUACCUAUCCAGACGGUAGUGACAUGCAGCAACCAGCCAACAUGGACGAAAUCAAACAAAUCCUCAGGCAACGCCGGCCCUCGCUUUCGCCCUCGCAAUGUUCUGACGGCGCGUUCAAGUCGUUUCUAAGGGCAGAUACACACGCUGCCAAGGAGGCACAGGUCAUGGCAAGAGUGAUUCCAAUCAUUGAGGGAGAGUUGGUAGAUCAUACGUGUUCCUCGGGGCACAUUCCAUUUAACAACCUCGAUCAGUUGACUGAUGGCUCGCUUGUUGCCGGGAACCCAGACCUAUACUACGGGGCACGUCCUGAACAGCUUCAACUAGAAGUACGGAAGCAGCUGAGCGGCAAAAUUGAGCCUUCGGCCCAGGACCAUCUGCCCAUAGUACCAAACUUCUUUCUCCACGUGAAAGGUCCGGAUGGAAACCUCACAGUCGGCUCUCGACAAGCGUGUUACGAUGGUGCACUAGGAGCAAGAGGGGUCCACUGUUUACAGUCAUACGGCCAGGCGGAGUUGCAAUAUGACAACAAUGCCUACACUCUUACAUGUACAUACCAUGGUGGUACACUAAAGAUGUACACCACUCACCCAAUCCCUCCGUCAGGUCCCGGAAAUAAGACCGGCUUUGCUAUGACACAAAUUAAAACUUGGGGCAUGACCGGCGAUGCUGAUACCUUUCGAGAAGGAGUUGCUGCGUAUCGCAAUGGCAGAGACUGGGCAAAGCGACAGAGGGAUAAUGCGAUCACUCAGGCAAACGAGAGACAAGCUAUCAUGGAAGCCAGCGGCUCAUUAGUCGACAACAGCUCGGGGCCGAGCUUUGCAAGCGGGACAUCUGCUGCUGAAACUGUGGUCACCAGCCGACGAACUACCAAGCAUCCUGGUUCACCUGGACUACUAUCCUAUGAGUCUGAGACAUCGGCAGACGAAAUGUUGCUUGACAUGAGACCACCUGUCAAGCGUCCCAAGUCUCAUUCGCCGCGGAAGAGGUAG